AUGACAUACUUACCAGAAGGUUACCAGAAGAGUGACAUGGAUACCGUAAAAAAACUCCCUUUUGAAUUGUUUAAUGUGAAAUUUAAAGAAGGAACUUUUAGUUUUUAUAGUUUGAAUAAUUUGAAAAAUCUCACACUAUGGAUGCCUCUCCGCAGCGAGUUUGCACAGUUGGAAUAUUUAACCAAAUUACAGUCUUUGGACAUCUUGAAUAAUGUUCAAUUCAAUAAAAUGAGAAAUUUUCAGACAUAA